GAAAAAAAUAAAAGGUAUGAGGCGGACAUAUGGACGGAGGUGGCCAAGUACUUGGACGGGAAGGAUCUGGCGAGGCUGGGGAUGACCAAUCGGUGGUUCCACCGUCUGAUCAUGGAGGACAGCAUCUGGAAGUACGCCUGCCUUCGCGACCUCCAGGUGCCUCCUCCUCGACACGUGUCCUUCACCUGGAAGCAGCUCUACAAAUCCGCCUUUGACGGCAGCCACGCGUACUGCUUCCGUCAACAGGAGAAGCACAUAGGUGAGCAGCCGAUCGGCGGUUUCGUCUUGGAAACGCCGUCUGUGCUGCUGACGGAGAAGCUGGUGCUGCCCAAGAAGCUGCCCAAGCCUGAAGGGAACCCGGAGCGGACCAUCCAGACCUUCGGCACGUGCGUCUUAACUAACGUCAGAACCGGAAUAUGGCUCGCUGGUACCAUAUCCCCCGCCCUGCAUCCUUUCUCAUUUCAAGGACUGCGGAUCCGGACCAUCUGCAGCUGGUCCGAUGCCCCGUCUGCAACCUCAACACCUGCGAAGGUAUGGGACCGAGCCAAGAAACACACCCCCAUCUUGCCUGUGUCCACGAAGGCACCCCCAGGCUUCACGUCCAAUCAUUGUGAUUUGAUCCGCUCUCCUUUUUUUUAUUAUUACUUUUUUUUGCAUGCAGGAACGAUGCAGGUAUUGGACGCGAGGCACGUGGAGCUGUUCCUGGAGGAGGGGUACAGGAACGGGAGCUGGGAGUACGAGGACAUCGGGAUCCACCGGAUCGAGAAGCCCUCCGACACGGCCACCGGGGGAAUCUUCGAAAUCAAAUACCUCACCUCUCCCUGCACCGCCGGUAACCAUCACUCUCAUCUCUACCUCAGUCCUAUCUUUUGUAAUGGUCGCAAUGGAAAACGAGCUGCUGCUGCUGCUGCUGCUGGUGUUGGUGGUGUUAUAGGGGUGUUGGAUGUGAAGUCGUGGAUCGGGCAGCCCAGCGACUGGCAGCCCAAGGCCAGGCUCUGCCUUCACGCUGUCGCCGUCAACACCAACCUCCAGCCAAACGAGGGGCUUCAAGUGAAAUUCCAGGCGAUGAGGAGCAGAGGAGCUGAUGGAGAGGUAGUUUCCAUAAGAAUCUCCCAGCAGCUCAUUUAGCUUCUAGUGUCAUUUUACAGAUAACCGGCGUUCUUAGAUGUAUAUAGGACUAAUUUUUUUAGAUGCAUGGGAUCUCCGCCAAAACUAAAGAAAUUCAUUUGGCGGAAAUUUUGGGGCGAAAGCCACUCCGUAUUACUAUAGUGCAGUACA